UAUAUUACCAGCGACCGUCUAUACUUUGUAAUUCACAAGUCGCCAAGCAGACAUACGCUGCUUUGCCCGUUUUAUAACGUUUGCAGUAAAUUUCAGGCAAAAUGUCAAUAGAAUGUUACGUGCCGGCAUGCAACAAUAUGUGUGGGAUUUCAUUUGAAGGUAUUCCGUUUCCUAAAGACGAAGAAUUAAAGCAAAAAUGGAUAUCUGCAAUAUAUGGAACCCGGGAUAAGUCCCGUAAAUUACCAAAAAUAAUGGAGCCAAAGUCCACUUCGUUGGUGUGUCCCAAUCACUUUAAACCGGAGGAUUACAAAACUGUUACGAUAUGUGGUGUUACUCACCGAACCCAUGAAUUAAAACCGAACACGAUUCCAAACUUGGACAAUUGGACAAAACUAAAGAGCGAUCCCAAACACAUUGAAGGGGAGAUCAAACAAUAUGAAGAAUUAGUGUUUAAUUCAGCUAAUAAUAUUGUGUCUAUGAACGAGCAACUGAAACUUGAAGUCAACAAACUAACAAUCGAACACAUGGAGUUAAAACAAGCAGUGGAAGCUCCGUAUCUAUCAUGCAACAAACUAUUCAAGAACCCCAACCAAGUGGUUAAAAUAACUGGGGCUUUAACACGAGACGUCCUGCAGCAUAAACUAACAAGAGCAAAACCUUACCUUCAAAAUCUGCCUGAUGUGAGUUUAAGUUUUGAAGAUCAACUUGUUGCGGUUUUAUCAAAGCUACAACUUAACCUACCAGAUAAGCUGAUGUGUCUCGUGUAUUCAAUAUCCCUCUCACAACUGCAUCAGUUGUUCAAAGCAUGGGUGUCUGCGCUCGCAACAGCAUUCACACCCGUCUGUGUAAACGAGGGCUUUGUAACAGCGAUAUUAAAAUACGGCCGCAGAAAAAUCCUUUGCGACGUCACACUUUUAAAAAUACCAAAACCUAAAGUGGAACCAGAUGAAACAAAGGAUGUGGUAACUUGUACACGAAACUUUGCACUGCCUAUCUCCCAUGCUUUAUGCAUUGUAGCUCAAUCUCAAGUUCUCUAUAUAUCAAAACUAUUUGAACCAAAUGUACCUAUUCUAAAAGCUGUACGUGACAUUGAAGAAUUUAGUGUCCAUUUGAAACCUACAAGCUUGGUAUACAUUGAGCCAUUAAACAGGGUUGUAACUAAACAAGACAUCCAGCUUGGCGUGGUACUUGACACUGAUGUUUCAAAAACAAACAGAAAAUUGCAAAAGGAUCGCAGGAAACCUUUUAUAAAUAUAGAUCAGUUCCAAAUAUUAAAUUCUCCAUUAGAAGAACCUUUCUCUUCACUUGGAUACGAGUUAGCUAUUGUUUUGGCUGGGAUAGUUCGGUAAAACUAUAACUUGUGUUGUAUGAGAAAUAAACUGCCACUUGAUGUAUAAUAAACCACUUUAUGCAUAU